AUGGUCGACUUUUAGAGGAUACGGAGGAUGGGCACAGGUGACCGGCUACUGGAUAUUGCCUGCAACGUCUGCGAGGAUCGUAGUUCAGGGAAACAUUAUGGAAUUUACAGUUGCGAUGGUUGUUCGGGAUUUUUCAAACGAAGUAUCCACAGCAAUCGUGAGUACACCUGCAAGGCCCAGGGUCCAAUGAAAGGUCGUUGUCCCAUUGACAAAACUCACAGGAAUCAGUGUCGAGCUUGCAGAUUAACCAAGUGCUUUCAAGCAGGAAUGAACAAGGACGCAGUACAACACGAACGUGGUCCAAGGAAACCAAAGCCCCACCCAGACAAGCAGUCGCCUCUGUCAACACCCCCAGGCCACCACGAUCGCACCAGAAGAGACAGAACCGCCUCGCACUUGCUCUCCAUUCACAGGAGAUUGAGGUACGUGCCGUACCCCCAACCGCCGUCAUUAAUGCAAAAACCACCGGAUGACGGGACUUCUCCCGUGUCGUUUCCCCUUCAACUACCACCGCCCAAUCCGGGACUUUAUCAUUCGGCAUCUGUUGCACUUGGACAACAACCACCCCUUCUACAGAUCCUCAUGUCGGCGGAAAAGUGUCAAGAAAUUUUAUGGAGCACUCGAUUGCAGCCCGACGGCGAGGGUUCCCUGGACCAGACGGAGACUGAGGCGAGUGCCAGUCCGACGGGAACACUACAGAAUUUCAGUCCUACCUGGGAAAUGCUACAAGAAACAACAGCUAGACUUUUAUUCAUGGCAGUGCGAUGGGUGCGUUGCCUAGCCCCGUUUCAAACUCUAUACAAAGAAGACAGACUCGUCCUCCUCCAGCAGACGUGGACGCAGUUGUUUCUGCUGCACUUGGCUCAGUGGUCGGUCUCCUGGGACAUUACGGGGCUCCUCGAUGAUGAGCAGGUGCGACGCAGGCUACCCCCCGACGAAGCUUCACUCCAGGAACUUCACACGAUUCAAGAAAUAAUGUGCAGAUUUCGACAACUUUCGCCUGAUGGGGGAGAGUGCGGGUGCAUGAAGGCUGUAGUACUCUUCAGGCCAGAGACAAAGGGUCUAACCGACCCUAAACCCGUCGAAAUGCUGCAAGACCAAGCCCAGUGUAUUCUCGGGGAUUACAUAAGAUCCCGUUAUCCCCGUCAGCCCGAGAGAUUCGGCCGUUUCCUCCUAUCAUUACCAAUGUUGCACGCCGUAAAGCCCACAACAGUGGAGCUUCUGUUUUUCCGUGAAACAAUCGGUGACAUUCCCAUAGCGCGAUUACUCGGUGACAUGUAUAAGAUGGAGCACCACUCAACAGACGAUUUCAAGGGGGACAUUGGAUUCGGCAUGAUCAAUCAUCCGAAAGAUGCUGAUCUGAAAAAAUGAGAUUAAACAGACAGACAAAUAUUUUAAUCCAAUUUUACCGCGAUUUUUGGGAUUGAAUGAGAUAAUCAAAGACGAGAGUUGAGAGAGUAAUUGAAUUAAUCAGCAUUAAGAUUUUUUUCUCCGGAAAUCUACAAUUCACACGUUAAAUUAUAAUAGUGAAUUCAUAGUGUCAUAAUGCCCAGCAUAUCAAUAAUUACACUGAGGGAAAAAAAUUGAGAAUAAGGAGGUGAUAAUCUGCAUUCUGCGUAAAAUAUUUAUUUCGAAGUUCCAAGGCUGCUAUCACGUCGUGAUUGCUGCACUCUAUUUAAAAAUUCAUUUUUUGGAUCUGAGUAUUGGAUAGUCGAAACGAGAAAAAAAUAGCAAAAAUGUAAAAUAAGUAUUUGGCCCUUUUUUGCAUCAAACAAAUCAUCAAGUGAUUAUUUUCCCAUCAGUGUAAACCCUCAUAUCCCUGUAAAGUAGCAAAAAUUAAAUAUCGCUGUAAAUGAAAAUUGAAUGUAUAAAUGUCUCAAUCACUACUUAUUACCCCUAAGUGAACUAUAAAUACUGAUAACUGCACAUAAACCCCUGUAAUUAAAACCAAAAACUAUGGGAUCUUGACUUGAGGCGUCUGUGAUAAUUUUCCCUGUUUUCCCUAUUACUUCUCAUUUCACGAGUAGUUUACUUUGUGCACAGAAUUCGGUGUUGAAAAUUUUCAAAUAAUUAAUGUUAAAACAUUAUUACGAAAAUUGUAGAUUAAAUUGAUUCUCUGUAUAGUUAAAAACUGUUAGAAUAAAUGUCUAAGUGGUACUACUUAAUACAAUUGUUUAUCUAUAGUUAA